UUCCAAGUCAUAAUUAGUUAUGAGUGAAAGUUGGAUAUGAUAUUGCAUCUAUUUAUGGGGGAAAUAUUAUGUUUUUUUGGGUGAGAAAAUAUUAUGUUUUUGAACAAACGACAGGAUAAAUUUUGAAGUAUGAGAAGAUCUUUUUGGUCUCCGCUUAUUUAUAACUCUUUUCAGUUUUCUUGGUAGUCAUGGUGGCAUGGAUGUAAUUGCAAGGGAUGAAUGAGGUCAAAUAAGUGAUAGGAAAGAUGGUGCUAUAAAAGGCCGUCUAGAUGCUGAUCCGUUGAUAUUCUUUCGGUAGGGGAGAGUAGAGAGUGGACCCUUCGACUUGCUCCAGAACUUCAUUUGCGACUGUGAAAUGAAAACCCAUAGCUGGGGGCAAGUUCAAGUGUAGGACACAACAAAAGUGCAAACCUAAUCCCCAGGUAUGUGAGAAAGUUUUGAGCUUUAAAAAGAUUACAACUUUCCAUCUCCUUUGGUGAAAUUCACUCAUGGGUUCUGCUUCUCUCUCUCUCUCUCUCUCCAUGUUCCAUUUUUUACUGCUGAUUUUUGCUUUUAUGUGAUGCGGUAGAGUGGGAUGCUCUUUUUUUUUUUUUUUUUUCUGUUCUUGGCAAAUUUUCGCCUUUUUGGGAGUUUCCAUGGAAAUCUCAGUACCUUUGAGUUGAGAUUGUGGGUGAAGUAAAUCUUCUGUUCUUGUGGCAAAAAAAAUUUCAUGGGAGUUGGUUGAAGUGGUCGGUGGUGGAGUUUGCUGUAGUUUCCUUUCCUGGUGUUAGAAGGAAGCUUUUCUCCAUGGCGGGAGCUAAAUAUGUGAGGUGUUUCUUUCUCACCAGGAACUGUUAGCUCUAUGUUAUUGAGGCUUGCUAUUUGAUUGGUUUGAUUUGGUCCCCAUGAUAAGUUUUACCAGGACUAUGAGCACAUAAUAAUCAACACAAAAAAGUGAACUUUUUGUUCAUAAGGUCCAGUUGGGCAACCUUCUGGAUGGAGAAAAUAAUCUUCUGCCCCCUUCACUUUUUGAUCUGCAAGUAGUUAUCAUAUGCUAUGAUUUUUCGAUUUUGAAAACAUUGAUUUAGUUCGAUUAUAUGGAAGCUGAGUUUUAUUGUCUGAAAAGGAUUGGCUUCAGGACAUAAUUUUGUUUGCAUCCUGGAUGUAUUGUGUUAGUUAAGGAAUAUGGGGGCUGAGUUGUAAGGUUCUUCAGUCCCUUUGGUACCUUCCAGGUUAGGUGCAGAGAGUAGUGGGUGGUGGUUAUCGGUUAACAUCAUGUUCUAUACAUGUGCUGUUUCCUGGUAGUUGUCAUUUCAUCAAUCUUCCUUUUUUUUGGGUCCUUUUUUUCAUAGAUUCUGUCAUUUAAAAGUUGCAAGAUUCUUAAGCACGAUACAGAUCAUCUGACAGAGUGAUAGCAACUACCCCCCAUUUUCAUUUCUUGCCUAACCAAGUUAAAAUGUUUAAAGUUUGGGCAUUCUUAUUGGAAUCACAGGCAUUUCCCAACUAGAAGAUACUUUUUAGGGUUUUUAGGACGUAGUCGACGAAUAGACUGUGUUUGUAUGCUGUCUGUACAUGAAAAACUAACUAACUAACAUUAUCAUUUCGUUUGCUGAUUUUGCAGAUUAAGCAAGGUUGAUAUCAUUUAUGCCAAACAGAAGUUUGCGGCAAUCUAAUCUGAAUCCACAACAAACAGUGUUCUUCAAGUGACAGGAAAAAGUACGACCAUCAGUCCACUCUGUACAUCCCAGCUGGUGCCUCUCAGGCCAGUGAGUUUCAAUUGUGGUGUUAGAUCUUCCAAACAACCGGAUACUACCAAUGCAAGCAUCUCAGGAGAACGCAAUCCCUGAUGGGUCUCGCUUGUUCUUUAACCAGCCUCUGGGAGAUAAGGAGUCAUAUUGCUGGUCAUGCAUCCAGAAUGUGCCUCACUAUCAAUGUUCGAAUGAUGUGAGCAUCCAGGGCUUGCAUCUCUCAGCCGACACUUUUGAGCAGCACUGCACCCUAGAAUCAUCUUCUGGAACUGGUGGGUCAUAUGCUGCUCGCAAUUCACCAUCUACUACAGCCAGUUUCUCCACUAAUGAGAGUGGCGUUUCCCAACAGAACUCUCUAUCAUAUCCAUCUGAUGUUCACGAUUCCCCUGACCAGACUAGUGGCUCACCAACAAGCGAGUCUUAUGUCACCCACAAGCUAAGGGAAUUGGAAACCGCCAUGCUGGGGACUGAUUUAGAUGUUCUCAACUCAUGCAAUAAUGGCAUACUGGCAGCUGGAGGCAACAACCAAAUCUCAACCGAGACAGAGAAGUGGAAGUUUCUGGGUGAAGUAAUUUCUAGAGGAGAUCUAAUGGAAGGCCUUUGCAUUUGUGCUCGGUUUCUUGAAGAUGGCGAUAUGUUCACAGUGGACUGGUUAAUUGCCGAGCUGCGUGGAAUGGUCUCGGUUUCUGGUGAGCCGAUUCAACGCUUGGGGGCAUAUGCUGUUGAGGGUCUUGUUGCAAGGUUGGCAUCCUCUGGAAGUGCCAUCUAUAAUGCCUUGAGAUGCAAGGAACCUGUACUACCUGCCAGCAUGGAGCUUCUCUCAUACAUGCACGUGCUCUAUGAGAUAUGCCCAUACUUCAAGUUUGGAUACAUGUCAGCAAAUGGAGCGAUAGCCGAGGCAAUCAAGGAAGAAAACCGAAUCCACAUCAUUGAUUUCCAAAUUUCACAGGGCACGCAGUGGAUCACCUUAAUCAAGGCUCUUGCUGAUCGUCCUGGUGGGCCUCCACACAUUCGAAUUACCGGGAUUGAUGAUUCAACAUCUGCUUAUGCUCGAGGAGGGGGGCUUGAUAUAGUUGGUGGAAGGCUGAAAAUGCUUGCACAGCAGUUUAAAGUGCCAUUCGAGUUCCAUGCUGUUGGAAUACCAGCUUCUGAGAUUCAAGUUGAGAAUCUCAAGAUUCAACCGGGCGAAGCAAUUGCUGUCAACUUUGCAUUGGUGCUUCACCACAUGCCGGAUGAAAGUGUGGGGACACAAAAUCAUCGUGACAGAUUGCUGAGGAUGGUUAAAGGAUUGUGUCCUAAGGUGGUAACUCUUGUUGAGCAGGAAUCAAACACCAACACUGCACCAUUUUUUGCCCGAUUUGUGGAGACUCUAAACUACUACUCAGCUAUAUUUGAGUCGAUUGACGUAGCUCUGCCAAGGGAGCAUAGGGAGAGGAUUAAUGUUGAGCAGCAUUGCCUAGCCAGGGAGGUGGUCAACAUCAUAGCUUGUGAGGGAGUUGAAAGGGUUGAACGCCAUGAGCUUCUUGGGAAAUGGAGAUCACGGUUUGCAAUGGCUGGGUUUAAACCGUAUCCGCUUAGUAGUUACGUGAAUGGCGCUAUCAAAGCUCUGCUGGGAAAAUACUCCAGCAAGUAUACUCUAGAGGAGAAAGAUGGAGCUCUUUAUCUUGGCUGGAUGGACCGCCACUUGGUUUCUUCUUGCGCGUGGAGGUGAUCUAUCAAUAAAACCUAGCAAUGAUAAUGAAUGCUGAUUUCGUUCAUAAUGUUUAGAUGGAAACUCUUUGAGGUGAUGAAACAAACUAGAAAAGUGUUUGUCUAAGGGCGCUUCAAAACCAAUGUUUGCCUGUAGCUCAUAAUGUAACAGUUUAUUUUGGUUACAGUUUAUUUAUCCAGUAAAAGAACAUCCCCACCUCUCUAGUAAUAUAUUCCCAACUGUAAU